AUGAGGACAGUUUAUAGCUAUUCUUUGUUCUGCUUGAUUUUACAACUUACCGCCGGUAUUCCUGUGUCACAGUUUUAUCCUUAUGGAGAGACUGUUCAUGACAAUAAUUUCCCCAAGAAUGACGAUGGGAGUUCGCCUAGAGUCAAUAUCAGCACUUUCUUUCCCUUCUUCAACAGUCAACACGACUCAUUGUUUGUUAACACAAAUGGGGCCAUAUCUUUUCAAAAAACACUGAGCCAGUUUACGCCGGAUCCUUUCCCGUUGUCAGACCAUCGCAGCAUUGUGUCACCUUUUUGGGCAGACGUAGACAUACGAAAUGGUGGAACCGUGUGGUAUCGUGAGACUACAGCUGCAGAUAUUCUACAGCGGGCCACGGACGAAAUUCGUCUCUAUUAUCCCGACCAGCUUCACUUCCAUGCCAGCUGGGUGUUCAUAGCCACAUGGGACGAUGUAGCGUUUUUUGGAGCAUCAUCCCAUGGUGUCAGCAAGAGGAACACGUUCCAGGCUGUUCUUAUAACCAAUGGUCUUCACUCAUUCACUGUUUUCAACUACGCAAAAGUUACCUGGACCACGGGGACUGCCAGUAAUGGUAACAAAGACACAGGACUGGGAGGGAUACCCGCCCAGGUUGGUUUUAACGGAGGAGACGGCGUAAAUUUCCAUGCAUUAGAUGAAUCCCGAACGCCUGCUAUUGUCAACCUUGCUCACUUAUCUAAUGUGAAAAUGGAUGGUAAAUUCGUAUUCAGGAUUGACACAGCUAAGAUAGAGAAGGGUGGCUGUAAUACAGGAGGAUCUUUGGUGGUGUAUCCCUUCCACGUCACCAUGUUUGGGAACCAGGAGAUCACGGUAUCGGGUCCCUGUUUUAACAUUAAUGAUACGGUGAGGAUCACCUUCCCGAGUAACGACACCCAAACGUGUGUGAGGAAGUCAGAUUUCAGCACCAGGUGCAUCACACCGACUUUUUACGUCACCGGUGUCAUCAACAUUGACCUUCAUAUCAUUACUGCAGACGGACAAGUGUCUCAUUAUACGGGAUUCUGCACGAUCGUGAACCCAUUGCUGAGCGAACCUGGUUUGGUUCGAGUUUUGGUUGGUGACUGGAUACGGGGGGAAAGGGUGACUGUACAAUGGAGUCCCGAUAACUUAUCUUUUACGGAAAGUCGAGCGGAUAUAGACGUCUACACAAUUGAGCCAAACGACGCUGGCCAGCCACGAUUUAUCCCUGAGAGAACAUUGGCUCGCUCUGUGUUAAUUAGCCAGGCAUCGGUAUCGUUUUUGCUGGAUGUUGAAACAAAUGUUGUAGUUCUCAAAAUGACUGAAGUUGGGCAAAAUGUGACGUUACGUCACAGCGCAUGGUCAGACGCUUUUGUUGUCAAACCCAAUCUUAAAACAAAGAGGGGACAACAAGAAGCCAUUGAUACAUGUGAAGGGCAACUGAGAGAUGAUAGCAAGUUACCUCCCUUGACAGACCUUGACAUCCAAACAUGUCCAUGUAGGGCGGAGCAAAUUGAGAUAGACCUUGCGAGAUUUCAUCAGGACCCACUUUGUGAAGAUAAGUCUCUUGAUCUGUUAAAUUUCCGAACCUCCCGGAACUGCCAGCAAGCUGAGGCCCAACAGUGUUAUAGACUCAACCAUCCAGGGCCUAAUGGUUCAGGUCGUCUGUGUUGCUACGACUACAUUGGUAACCUGAUGGAUGCCAAGACUCCCUCUGGGGGAGGGACUGCUCACCGAUUCCACUACUUAGGGGGACCUGGCAACGUACCUUACUUAUCUACUUUGGUGUUCGAUACGUCUCCUUACUUCUAUUGUUGUAAAUACAUGCGGAACACUGCGGGAAUAGCUCCAUGUGUGCGGCUACUCCAAAGACGUCCACAGGGUGACUGCAAGAAAUAUCAACCGAUCAGGCCAGCACGAUCGAGUGGCGAUCCUCACUUUACAACACUGGAUGGAUUGUCGUAUACGUUCAAUGGUGUUGGAGAAUUCACACUACUGAAGAACAUCAACGAUACCUUCUUCGCUCAAGUCAGAAUGGAACAGGUGGCUGGUCCUGAUGGCACGUUACGUAAAGCGAGUGUGAUAACCGCUUUCUCGGCGAAAAGACUGAACAUUUCGGAUACCGUUGAGGUUCGGUUGAACUCCAUCAGGGUUGCAGAUGUCCUAGUAAAUGGUGAAAUAGUUGAUUUCACUCAUUACCGCUCUCUUCAUUUUAUUGGCGUUUCAACAACGAUGACAGAACGCAAUAGUACAGACAGUUCAUUAAAGCAGAUCAACAUCAUAUUUACUGAACCCAGUCUGGCGUUUCGUAUCCUCGCCUAUCCUUCCCUACUCAAUGUCGUUGUCGUGUCGGGGUCGGACAGCUUAAGAGGAAAUAUCACAGGGCUUCUGGGGAACUAUAACGGUGAUAUGGAGGAUGAUCUUACCGCAGAAGAUGGCCAUGUUCUUUCCGCGAACAGCACGGCGAGGGAGAUACACGAGGGUUUUGGAAAAACUUGGAGAGUUAGUAGAGAGACUUCCCUCUUUACCUAUCCCGACGGCAAGAACUAUGCGACAUUCCAGAAUGUCGCUUUCGUGCCUGUCUAUCCGGAGCCUUCUCAGACUUUCACACCGGAAGCACGAACUAUAUGUGGCGAUGAUGAAUUCUGUCUUUACGACUACCACACCACCGGACGGGCGGAUAUUGCGGGAGCAACAAGGGCUGCUACUCUGACAUUUGACAAUAUUCAGCAACAGGCGGAACCAGUCAUUACUUGUAAUCACCCUCUGGAUGUCGCGUACGGAUACUGGAAUAGUACUGGUCUGGUCGUGAAUUCGACUGCUGUUCUCAUUUGUGAGGAAGGCAGACGUCCCAACAGCUCUGACGUCAUAUCCUGUUCAGCUGACGGUACAUGGGAAUACACCAGUGACGAAUGCACAGAAAUCCGUUGCGAAGUCCUCCCCAACAUUCCAUAUGGAUAUUGGUCGACAACAAGCUAUACCGUUGGGACAAAUGCCACUCUGCACUGUAAUACGGGAACAACGUUAAAAGGAUCUAGUGAGAUAACUUGUGACGAAAACGGGAUGUGGAAUUUCGAUGGCCAGAAAUGUGAUAUAAUUGAUUGUGGAAUUCCCCCGUCCUUGUCGAACGGACAAUGGGUCAGCAAUGGAACUACGUUUGGCCGUAAAGCCGUUUUGGUGUGCGAUGAGGGGAGCGAACCCAGGGGGAACAUAGACGUUACAUGUGGAUCCGACGGAACAUGGGACACCAGCUCGCAAGCCUGUGUUCUGAUUGAUUGUGGAAUUCCCCCGUCCUUGUCGAACGGACAAUGGGUCAGCAAUGGAACUACGUUUGGCCGUAAAGCCGUUUUGGUGUGCGAUGAGGGGAGCGAACCCAGGGGGAACAUAGACGUUACAUGUGGAUCCGACGGAACAUGGGACACCAGCUCGCAAGCCUGUGUUCUGAUCAGUUGUGGUUCCCCACAAAGUGUAACCAAUGGACAGUGGACCGGUGAAGUUUAUACCUAUGGCUCUAUAGUCCAUCUGUACUGUAACAUCGGCAGCAUCCUCAAUGGUAACGACACGGCCAACUGCACGGCCCUGGGACAGUGGUCAAGUGUUGGGCAGAGGUGUGUCAAAGUCCGGUGCAGAUUACCCACAGCGGUUAGAGACGGCUACGUUGGGACGGGAGAUGCCGAUAAUUGUACAAAAGAAUCUCAUGGUACAGACCGAGAUACGUAUUGUUACUACGGCACACUUGUCCAGUUUGGAUGUAAGGAGGGGAAGAUACUUACCGGAAACGACACUGCUAUCUGUUUGGCAGACGGCAAGUGGUCAAAUAGAGACGCCGAAUGUCACCCAAGUCCAGCCUCCAAUCAUUCCUUGAUAACAGAAACAGUUGGCGGCACCAGUGGCGGAAUUCUUGCUGUCAUACUUUUUUGGGUUUGCAAAAUAUUAAUCAUGAGAUAUCGUAGAAAACACUCAAAGUCAUUACCCAUUACGGCUGCACCGGAACAUCAUGAAAGGAAUACUUCUACUCUGUGA